GAAGUUAUGCUGGGAAGGGCUCUGCUGGUUACGCACAGAUGUCGUAAUUCACAGCAGGCGAUGUGUCAACUGCACGAGGACAGUCAGUGUGUCUUCAUGAGCAACUGAAUUCAACAUGAAGCUCCAGAUAUUUGCGCUGUUGACUUGUUUUUGCGUAUCGAGAGCGGAUUUUUCUCCUCCGGUGGUGAAUAUCAGUCUGGACGUGCCUGCAGAUCAGAGAUGGGCUCCUCUGAAAAAUCUCUAUGACAUUAAUUUCUUGCGAGAAGCAGCAUCUGAAGUGAUCGACACGACUGUUCCUAAAUGGGUUCACGAUGCCAUUAAACCUGUAGUGAGAGCACUGGAGAAAUACAUCCCACAGCCGUAUGCUGGAGAAAUGCAGGGCUUGGCUUCGAUCUAUGGAAGUGACAUCUCAGAUAUUGUACUUUUGAACUUUGCCUAUGAAGUGUCUGCGUUCUGCACCAGUAUCGUCACUCAGGACAUAAAGGGAAAAAUCUACCAUGGCAGAAACAUGGAUUAUCCCCACGAUGUGCUGAGAAAUCUUACACUAGAUGUACAUUUUAUUAAAAAUGGACAGGUGGCUUACAGGGGAACCACGUUUGCUGGUUAUGUUGGACUGUGGACAGGACAGAGCCCUAACAAGUUCACAGUGUCUGGCAAUGAACGCAAUAAGGGACAUUGGUGGGAGAAUGUAAUUUCAGCCAUUUUAUUAAAACGUUCUCCGGUUAGCUGGCUCGUGCGAAAGGCUCUUGACGAAGCUUUGGAUUUUCAGGAUGCUGUAAUAGGACUGGCCAAGGUGCCGAUUAUAGCGGAUGUGUAUUAUAUUGUGGGCGGAGUUCGUCCUGGCGAGGGUGUGGUCAUCACCAGAGACAGGAGCAGAUCAGCAGAUAUCUGGCCUCUGGAUCCACUCAAUGGAAACUGGUACCGAGUUGAAACAAAUUAUGACCACUGGCUGCCCCCCCCUAAAGGAGACGAUCGACGAGACGUGGCCAUGAAAGCAUUGAACGCCACCGGUCAAAACCACAUUAGCAUGAAUACUCUGUAUCAGGUUUUGUCUGUGACUCCUGUACGCAACCGGAUCACCAUUUAUACAACAGUCAUGAGUGCGGCUAUGCCUGAGAAAUACUCAACAUUCGUCAGAGACGUCACAGUUCACCACAACUGACCGCUGCUGCUGGAACUCUUGUGUCAAGAAGCAACGACGACUGAUGUGCGGAAGCGAAAGUCGUAUGUACAUCUCAUCUAGAAUUUUUUCCCAACGUGCUUCUACACUUAACUAGCAAAUUUGGCUUCUCUUCUGUUUAUUAACAAAGAAAACCAGUGUUGUUUUAAUAUCUAGUGUUUUUUAAGAUCAUAGUGUUAUUGAUCAUCACAUUUGUUUCCCGCAAACCCACCGGGCAAUUUAGAAGACUUUGUUUUUAAGAAUAAUUUAGAAUUCUUUUUAGUAGUUGUAUGUGUUGGUUUUAAACCUAAAGCCAUUUAAAAUAUUUUUCAGGUCACUCUAGUGAUAGAGCGGAGUGUUAUAGUGCCUUUGUCAUUUUAUCUUGGUGUAACACAGUGUUGGAAAAUAAAGUGACUGAACUACC